AUGGAGCCUCCCAAAGUCGGCGAUAAAAUCGCAGACAUCGACACCCCAUCCAUGAUCGUCGAUCUCGACCUGAUGGAGGGCAACAUCAAAAAACUCAUGGACAAGCUGCGUCCAACGGGUCUCGACAUCCGUCCGCACUUGAAAACCACCAAGAGCGCUAUUCUCGCCCACAAGCUCGCAAAGGCCGGUGCCAGGGGAGGCUGCGUGACCAAAGUCAGCGAGGCGGAAGUCAUUGCUGCGGCUGGCUUUGACGAUCUACAUAUCACCUGCCCGAUCGUGGGCCCCGCCAAGGUGAAGCGGUUGGUGGAAUUGUUCCGGAAGCAUCGCGGUGUGCGGAUCGUGGUUGAUUCUGAAGUCGGGGCGGUGGCUGUGAAUGAUGCGCUUGCUGGAUCGGGCAUUGGGGAGCCUAUUCUCACGCUGAUUGAUUUGGAUGUUGGACUUCACCGGACGGGUGUGAAGCCUGGACAGCCGGCGAUAGAUUUGAUCAAGUUUGUUGGCGGGUUGAAGUAUUUGAAGAUUGUCGGUGUGCAGGGGUAUGAGGGCCAUUUACAGCAUUUGCAUGACUUUGACGAUCGAAGGACGCAGUGUCUAGAGUCGAUGCGCAUUCUUACUAGUACCGCCGAGGCUUUCCGUCAGGCUGGUUUCACUAUGGACGUUGUGACGACGGGAGGAACUGGUACGGCUGAAUUCUGCGCUUCUGUUCCUGGCGUGACGGAACUCCAGCCUGGCUCUUUUAUCUUCAUGGACACCGACUAUCGCAAUGCCGUGGGGACGUUUUACUCCAACAGUUUGACGAUAUUGUCCACUGUCGUUAGCAAGCAGGGUCCUCGGGCUGUGACCAUCGACGCAGGAUUAAAGUCCUUAACUACGGAUAGCGGGAUGGCAGAGUGCAGUGAUCCGCGAUACAAGUAUAAUGAGUUUGGUGAUGAGCAGGGCUCGCUUGUGUGGGAGGAGGGGACUCCUGAUUUGGCGGUUGGUGAUCGGGUCGAGAUUAUUCCUAGUCAUAUUGAUCCUACGAUUAAUUUGCAUGAUGUGUAUUAUGCGUAUCGGGGUGGGGUGAUUGAGGAGAUUUGGCCUGUUGAUUCGAGGGGGAAAGUGCAAUAA